AACACACACCCUCCCCCCCCCCCCCCCGGAUCUCUCUGUUCUGCAAAUUCCCGAAAAUGUGUCCGUUGAGGCUGAUUCUGCUCUUCAUUUCCGCCACCCUCGCUGGAUUUUUCGUGUUGAAGAACCUGAAAUCAAACCCUGAAACACAAGACUCUGACGAAUCGAUCGAUCCUAUUCAUGAAUCAUCUUCGCCGUCGGUUCCUCUACCAACAAAGGUCUUCUCUGCCAUGUGUUCGGGAUUCUGGACUUGCGUUGACAUGGCCAGUGGGAGGUACCUGUGGAGAAAUUUGGUUUCUCCGAAGCGUUCCGAAUAAUUUCGAGGUUCUUCCCUCCUGUUGUUCUUAAACUCCCCCUCUCCCCCCUUUCCACCCUCCACCCUGUUUGUGCUUUAUCCUGUUUGUGUUGGUUGUCUAUCUCUUGUAAUCGCCCCACUCAAUUCAGAAGCCCUUGUUCAUAAAGGAGCUUUUUUGUAAUUGUUACAAUGUGAGAAUUAUACGGGUUUUGUAUGCUAGAGUUUUAUUUUUCUUUCCCUUA